CAGAAACAUAACAUAACAUAAACAUAAUCAUAUCACGAAACAUCAGAUAGACAGUCAGAGUUUGGACCUACUUUUCUUUUAAGUCUGAAGGUCCUUUUCUCCGAGUCCCAACCAUGAAAAACAACUGUAUUGGCAUCGCAACUAAGAAAAUCCGAGAUCCCAAUUAAGCGGCGAAUCGACCCUCCGUGUCGAACGAAAAAACAAAGGCGACGAUGAUUUCAGCUACUCUCAUCAUGUCUCUGUGGCUCCCAGGUAGGUUUAAGAACACAGUGUUGACAUUGUCAACAAUCAAACGAUUCCUUCAUUCUUUUCUUUUUUUUCAUCGCGACCUUCUACUACAAUGCAACUUGUCCUUCCAUUUAAAUGAAGCCGACGAACUGCUAAACGCACAAACCCGGAAGUGCCUCUUUGUCAAAACCAUAACCUUGGAAAUUAAGUCCAAACCGUAAUUAUAUAUAUUUGUAGCCUAAUUUUAAAACCAGAAACAAGAUUUAAAGCAAUUGAUACUUAACACACACAAAAAAUAAGUUUUUUCGUUCUAGAUUAACUGCUUAAGGUGAAAAUGAAAGUAAUCAUCAAUAGGAGAGAAUUUAAUAUUUGGUGUACGGAAGAUAUUUAAGACUUACUAGAUUUAACUAAGUCUAAAUUAGAAUGAAAAAAUUUCGAAUUUCCAAACCUGAAAGCAAGGAUUUUGUGACCUAACAGAGAAAUUUGAAAAACAGGAUCGGCAAACGGUUGGUUUAAAGAAAGAGAUGACCACGGACUAUAUUUUGAAGCGAUUGGAGACUGCUUGUGGCAGGCCUUUCAUAAAUAAUUAAAUGACCAUAUGUUUCCGGCGAAAUUUUGCGAUGUAGUCGCUGCCGGUUUAUUCUGUGAAAAUAUUCAAAACCUAAAUAACGACAUCUGAACAACGAUUUUUGAUAAAUAUUCAGGUGAUUUAUUUCCGAGAAAGAACAAGACAAAGGCCCCUUCCUUCUAAGAAAGGCCAUUGUUUCAGUUUAGUCUGUGCAUAAAUUAAUCGACAUCGUUUACACGAGCGAAAAAUCUGGAAUCCCGGAAUUAUGGGAAUGGAAUACGCGGAAACUACAAAUCCUUAACACGCACCCAGAGACCAUUUGCAUUUUAUCCGUUUACUUUUCAAACUGGUACAUUAUUAGCUUUGUAAAUAGCUUGAAGAGCAAUUCCGUUACAGGGAAAAAGUACGGAAAGAGUUCUUUGGUCUUUGGUCAACUGAGGGAAGUUUGACAACUUAGCUUACGAGAUCGCUUCGUAUUCUGCAUUUAUGCAACAAUAUACAUUCUAUUGUUUUUCUUUUUCAUUUCUUUCCACGAUUUAACAGUAUUUUGCCAAGGGUAUCCUAAGAUUGUUUCUGGACCAAGUAAUCCCCUGAUUGCCCGUAGCGAAGACAAAGUUGCGCUUAAUUGGACGCUUGGGUUGCCUCCCUCAGAGACCUGGAAUAGUAGCAUAUUUGAGGUGGUUUUUGGAAUCUGGAAAGAUCCAGGAUUCCUGAAAACAAAACUCUUGGUCAUCGAUAGACAUGGUGAGGUACUAAUAAGACCAAACUACGAAAAGAAAAUUAGCUACGACUUCAACAUGUCCAAGCUUCAAGUUGCAUUCAUACUCCAUGAUUUAACCAUGAAGGAUGAGAAUCACUAUUGUCUUCAGGUUGAGCUUGGCCUUCAUCAGCCUCCUUUGACGGAUCCUGUGAUGCUUCUUCUUGAGGGUAAUAUAUUUGUUACAUUUCAUUUGUGGAGGAAUGCCACAGACCCGGAAGCGGGGGUACUCAGGCAAAUAUGUUCUGAGCAUGUGCCCCUGGCCACUUGGAGCCCCUUGCCCUUAGUCAUUCAGGGACAAUUAUGGACCCCAUCUUAGCCACUCUUAAGUAUUUGUGAUAGCUUUCCUUCUUUGACAUUCACUUCUGAUUGAGAGAAACCUUACUCUCAAAUAUCUCAACAGAUUCUCCUAAGAUAACCAGUCCCAAACAGGAAAACUUUUCAGUGAACAUUGGGGACAACUUGCGAAUAAACAGCCAAGCAAAGGGUCUUCCUACACCAACCAUAACAUGGACGAAACAGGGGAGAAUUGUUGGUAAUGAUACAUUGGUUCUUAAUGGAGUAACGCCAAACGACAGCGGAGUCUACUUGUGCAGCGCUCACAACCAGGCUGGUGAAGAUCAUAAGGAGAUUGUGGUUACGGUUUUGGAACAUGAUUAUGGAUCACAAAAGCUAACAGGUUUUAACAAUUUGUUUGUCGAAAUAAAUACCCAUGAACUAGAUUGCUAAUGCAUAUUCUUAUGUUGGUGACUGAAUUUUCAUUUCCAGAGCGUUUCAUUGGCGCGUUCUGUGUUAAACGAUUUGAAAACAACAGACACUCCCUCACUAGAAACCGAAUGGAAUCAUUACCUAUUCAAGGAGUUAGUUAGUUGAAGUUGCUCAGAAAUAAUGACGACGAUUAUGAUGAUAAUCAUCCUUCCUGCUAAAGUGCUUUCUAACUUUUUUCCAGUUCUUCAUAUGCCAACACAGACAUUACACGAUAGAGGAAGUCCUAUGUGGUUAUUUCCAGUAGUCGUAGGUGUGUCAGUUUUUUUAAUAGCUGCAGUAGUUGUCUUUCGCUCGCGUGGGCACCGCUGCAGAAGGAACCUCGCUUAUGAGCAGCAUAUUGAUGAAAAAACAUCAGGUGAGCACUUCACAACUGCCAAGAUCUAGCCUAGAGCCGAUGAGGAGGCUGCGGAUUAGUGACUGAACAGUAUACCUUGAUCAUACUCUAUCAUGGAAUGCAUCAUUAGCUGGUAUACCGAAAUAGUAGCAAAAGCAGCGAUGCAAUUUCUCCAAUUUUUUUCUCUUUCUCAACCUCCUGCCGGUUUUUGCUCCUAAGCCUCUAAAUUGUCUCCACUGACCCGAUAGCUCUCGUAAGUUAUAAUUAAAACUUGCCUUAUUGUAGUACACUGUGAGUGUGCUGUAAAAUGAUUGCUGAGGAAAAAUAGAAAACUUUAAAACAGAUCAACUCUUGUUAUUGACGGGACAAAACUUUCUCAUCGAGGAAAUUAGAAAUGAGUUGCUCUGACAAAAACCGAACAGUAUACCUUGAUCAUACUCUGUCAUGGAAUGCAUCAUUAGCUGGUAUACCGAAAUCAGAUCAAUUCUUGUUAUUGACGGGACAAAACUUUCUCAUCGAACUUUGACAAAAACCUUCUACUAGUCUUUGAAUAACGAUCUAACGCACCCAUUUGAUGAGUGCAUUGGUGCUCAAAAUCCUUUGUUUUACAAAAUUAGUUCGGAACACAACCCAAUCACUGAAAAAAUCCAAGAACUUGAAACUGAAUAGUUUGUUACCGUAAUUAGCAUGGAAAGGCUUCGUAGGAGAGAACUUUUAAGAAUGAAAACUUAUAAUCUGGCUUAAUGUUGGUAAAUAAAGCAAGAAUACAAUUUUCUGCGCUACAUGUGUAGAUAUAUAUAUGUUAUUUGCCGGCUGGGAGGUCCGUAUGGUGAAAAACUGUGACCGAGGUCACAGUUUUUCACCAUAUGGACCGACCCUUAGCCGGUAAAUAACAUAUUUAUUUUUUUGAAACUUGACGAAAUUCUUUCCGAAAGAACCCGAAUGAUUUAGGGCUGUAAAUACGGCAAGAUCUUCCAUAAACUUAACAGUUUUUGAGCGAGUAAAUGGUAGUUAAAAUAGAGAUGAUGCAAAUUCAAGAGAGAUGCCUUAGCGAAACAUUUUCAUUACCGUAACUAUAAUUUAAAAGGCUUCCAAACAAACUUUGAAACAUUAUUUUUACAAGUAUCUGUCACAAUCUGACAUCUGUCAAUUAGAGAGCGCGUAAGUAAAAAAAAGCGUAAGAACAUUUGAAAAACAACGGAACUAGUUUGGCAAGGACUUUCACGACGAUGUUUUCUUCAAAAACAGUCAAUGAUCUAACGGAAAGUAUUAUUCACUCUCAUCGACGAUUCAUUCAUGUGCGAAGAUUUACCUCUGUUUAUUAAGUAAACGGCGAGGAAAGUAAUUGUGAGUAAAUUAAUUUUUUUUAUUUUGAAGUUGUGAGAGUUUGCUCGUUUGUUUGCUGCAAUGGCGUGUGUAAAUCUGGUCUUUCCUUCACAAAAACUAAAUUCGAAUGGC